AUGGAACAAAGAGAGUGCCAGACAUGGAGGGAGCGGAGAAAGUGGAUUAUCUACAUGAUGGUUUUGGUUACGUUAUGGACCAGAGCUUCAGGACAAGUCCGAUAUUCUAUCGCUGAGGAAGUGAAAGAAGGAACUGUUGUUGGAAAUAUCGCGAAGGAUUUAGGUCUCGAUAAGAGCACAUUGAAGGAGAGGGGGUACCGUAUUGUCUACAGCUCGACAGAGCCUCCUUUUCGAGUGAAUCAGGACGACGGUAUCUUAUAUGUGAACCGAAAGAUUGACAGAGAGGAAGUGUGCGACCGCAGCAAGGUUUGUGUAAUCGACUUAAAAACCGUGUUGGAAAACCCACUGGAGGUACACUAUGUAGCAGUGGAGAUUCUGGAUAUAAACGACCACGCACCGAGCUUCCCCGAAAGUACAAAGAUGUUAGAGAUUUUUGAAUCUGCAUUACCAGGAGCAAGAUUUCAGUUACAAGCUGCACGUGAUGCUGAUAGUGGUUCGUUAUCCGUUCAGCAGUAUAAGUUGAGUCAUAAUGAACAUUUUCGUUUGGAGGUGAAAGAUCGUGGUGAGGACCGUAAAACUCCUAGUUUAGUUCUGCAAAAGACACUUGAUAGAGAAACCGUUAAGACCCAUGUGUUGCUUCUGACAGCCACUGAUGGAGGAAAACCUCCAAGGUCCGGUAACAUGACAAUAACUGUUGAUGUCUCUGACGUUAAUGAUAACCCUCCAGUUUUCACCCAGGACUCAUAUCACGUAGACUUAAAGGAAAAUUCUCCUUUUGGCACGACUGUUAUUUACGUAAAUGCGACAGAUAUGGAUGAAGGUUCAAAUGGUGAAAUUGUAUAUUCAUUUGGCAAUGACGUGGAUACACGUGUACAUAAGCGUUUUGAUUUAAAUCCAGUGACUGGAGUUAUUACUGUAGCAGGGGCCAUAGAUUUUGAAGAGAGUGGCAGGUAUGAAAUUGAUAUUCAGGCAUCAGACAAAGGUGCAGCUACACUGACAACAGACAAAACCGUCAUUAUAAACAUUGUUGACGUAAACGACAAUGCACCAGAGAUUGAGGUGACAUCCUUUUCACGUGCACUCCCAGAAGAUUCAAAACCAGGAACCACAGUGGCGUUGAUUAGUGUUAAGGAUUCAGAUUCUGGUCUCAAUGGAAAAGUGAUGUGUCACAUAGGCCAAGGUCUUCCUUUUCUGCUCACUCCGUCUUUACAAAAUAACAUGUAUUCUCUGGUAACCAAAUCACUUUUGGAUCGCGAGCAGCAAUCGCAAUAUAAUGUAACAAUUGUCGCUAAAGACGCAGGCGAACCAUCCUUAUCAUCAGACAAAACUAUAAAAAUUGUUGUGUCAGAUGUGAACGACAAUAAUCCAGAGUUUUCACAGAACCCGUAUACUUUCUAUAUAACUGAGAAUAACAAACCAGGACAACAGCUACUGUGA